AUGGGUGAUAACACUGAAACAAAUCAAACUGCGACUGCAGUAGUCACCAUUGAGACUGUGAAUGCAUCACACCCCUACUUUAUUUCUCCUUCUGAUACGCCUGGUAUGCAGCUAGUCAACUCUCCUUUUGAUGGAAAGAGCUUUGCUGGUUGGAAGAGAGGCAUGCUCAUAGCUUUUUCUGCCAAAAACAAAGUAGGCUUCAUAGAUGGUUCUUCAUCAAAGCUAUCAGGGAACUCAGAUCUGGAAAAGGCAUGGUCAAGAGCAAAUAGUAUGGUUAUUGCUUGGUUACUAAAUUCACUUUCAAAAGAAAUUUCUGAAAGUGUGAUCUAUUUCACCACUGCUAAGGAUAUAUGGAAUGAUCUAGAAGCUAGAUUUGGACAGAGCAGUGGAGCCAAAUUAUUUCAACUCCAAAAAGAGUUGAGUGAUCUAACACAGGGUGCAAGUGACAUUACAACUUACUAUACCAAGAUGAAAAGGCUUUGGGAUAAGCUUGAGAGUUUGGAUUCAUUUAUCUGCAGUUGUGUGUGUACCUGUGAAGCAAAAACAAAGAUGCUCAAAGCUAAGCAAGAUGAAAAACUGGUCAAGUUUCUUAUGGGUCUCAAUGACAUUUACUGUGGUGCUAGAGGAAAUAUUUUAAUGAUCUCUCCACUGCCCUUUGUUGCUAAUGCUUAUGCACUCCUAAUGCAAGAGGAAAAGCAAAGGGAGAUGCAUUCCACACCCAAGUAUCCAGGUGAAACCUCCUCUUUGUUAGCUGCUGGUCAAGGUGGUUAG